GGUCAGGAAGAUGUCAGAAACCGCUCACCUGUCGCUCAUAAAUUCCAAAGACGAACUAUUCAAAUAUACCUCUGGCAGAUGGAUCCAUAAUGAACAUCUGCGUUUGGCCGAAUGUUACCUCCAGUUUGACAUACCUGCUCUCAUGAACGUUAUCGCUGCCGCGUCUGGCCAUAUGACCUCUGACAUCGUUUCCUUUUUCAAGUUGGCUGAAGGUGGAUUCAACUGUUUGUUUCAAGCAACCUUCAGAGAUAGGAAGCAUGUCAUUACUAGACUACCAUAUCCUUCCACAGCGCCUGAACGCUACGCAGUUGCCAGCAAGGCCGCUACUUUAGACUAUCUCCGGUUACAUGGACUUUCUACUCCUGAGGUGUAUGCUUGGUGCUUAACAAGAGCAAAUCUGGUUGGCGCUGAGUACAUUAUUAUGGAGAAGUUAGACAGCACCCCUCUGGGCAAUAUGUGGUACUCAAUGACACUAAAAGAACAGCAUAAAACCAUGAAACAGAUUAUUGAGUGGGAGACAAGGUUGAUGUUAAUGGAGUUUCCUGUGUUUAGGAGUAUAUACUAUCAGAGAGAUCUUCUAACAGAAAGGAAGGUUCCACUAUCUGGGCAUCACGGAGGUGAGUUCUGUAUAGGACUAAUAGCACAUUAUGGUUGGUGGCAUGGAGAAAGAAGCAUGCUUAAUAUUGAUAGGGGCCCCUUUGGUGAACAGGAGAUGACUUGGGUUAAAGCCUAUGCGAAACCUUGUCUUCCUUAUGAGCGCCUAUAUAGGGAGCUGAACAAUAUUCUCAUACCAGAUGUGAAUAAGGUUGUUGGUUUAAUUAUCUGGCAGCAUAGCACUAUCCUUCCCCUUGGGCUUGCAGCUGGUAUACCAAAAUAUUUCCAAAAUUAUGAAUAUUAUGAUGUAAUAUUUGAUGAGCCUGCUAUCUUGCAUCAGCAUCUUUUCAAAAGUGUGGGUAGUCCUUGGGAAGGGGACUUAAUAACUCUAAAGGCUGAGAUGAUCCACGCUGGAACAUGCAGUACGCCCAUAAUUAUAUACCCAGACAGAGUUGUCCAUGAUAUUCUGGCUUUGGACACGCGACAGAGAGAAGCUGAUAUAAAAGCCAAGAUGCUUGAAGCAGCUGAGACUGAUGAAGAUAGAAUUGGGAUUCAAAACCACUUUCCCUUUAGUGAUUUUGAUGAGAACUCCUGA